CCAAAAAAAUUAUUAUUCGUCUGAGCUAAUCGAUGCAUUGAUAAAAUUAUUUUUUUAUACCAUCAUUUCAUAAAAUUUGAAUAUUUGAAAAUUGCGAACAUUUUUUACCGGCGCUGAAAUGCAAGCGUAAAACUAUAUUAUUUUAAAAUGAUACGACAAAUCUGUUCCAGAAGAAAUGUAUCCCUACUGUCACGACUCUGGUCAGGUAAUCAAGUGGAUGGACAAAAGCACUCAGAAAAUCAAUUGGCAGAAAGACUUCAGCAAAGAUUUAAAGAGGCGAAACAUGUUAGUGUCGUCGAUAUAUCAGGCGGUUGCGGUGCCAUGUAUGAAAUUGUUGUAGAAACUAAUGAAUUUAAAGGCUUAUCACGAGUAAAGCAACAUCAAUUAAUCACAGACACCCUCAAAACGGAAAUUAAAGACAUGCAUGGACUUCGGAUACAUACAUCUAUACCAGACUCAUAAAAUUAAUAGUCUUUCUGUUUGUUUAAAAAAAAAGUACAUAGAAUAUAUUAAUUGUUAACAGAAUA